CCAAUACAAAACCCUUUCUUCAUCUCUUUAUAAUUUCAUUCUUAAGGAGAAAAAAAAAAUCAUAAGCUAUGUGUUAAGAGCUAAACCCUCUUUUUUUCUUUUUUCUUUUCUUUCUAAACGCCGUAACGGACAUUCCCAAUUUCUCAAAGGCACCGUCACAAACACUCUCUCUCGUGCGUGUCACGUGACAUUCAAAACCCUAAUUUCUCUUUAUGGCUUUGGACCAACCUUCGUUACCUUCGAAUCCCAAUUCCAUCGACGGCGAAUCCGGUAACGGAACGCCACCGUCUUCCGCCGUCAAUGGCGGCGAAGAUGGAAAACCAACGGCGAGACUACCGCGAUGGACUAGGCAAGAGAUUUUGGUGCUUAUUCAAGGUAAGAGUGAUGCUGAAAGCCGGUUCAAACCGGGUCGAAACGGUUCGGGAUUUGGUUCGAGUGAACCGAAGUGGGCGUUGGUUUCUUCGUACUGUAAGAAACAUGGUGUGAACCGUGGACCGAUUCAGUGUCGGAAACGGUGGAGUAAUCUCGCCGGUGAUUAUAAGAAGAUUAAGGAGUGGGAAUCUCAGGUGAGAGAUGAAACGGAGUCGUUUUGGUUGAUGAGGAAUGAUUUGAGGAGAGAGAGGAAAUUGCCUGGUUAUUUUGAUCGAGAGGUUUAUGAUAUUCUUGAUUCACCUUCUAUGGCUGCGGCUGCUGCAGCGGCUGCAACUGCAACUGUCGUUGUUCCGGUGGCGGUAUCGGAGCCUGUUGGUGAUGAAGAGAUUCAUAUUUAUGAUAGUAAUAGGAAAGUGAGUGGUGAAGAUGGGUUAUUCUCUGAUUUUGAGAAAGAUGAGGUUUUGGUUCCUACCAAAGAUGUUCAUGUUCGUUCACCUGUUCCUAUCUCAGAGAAGCAGUUUCUACCACUCCUCCGUGGCUGCGAUGGAGAAGGCAAUGCUCAAGGUACCAAAAAUGAGAAACAACCAGCUUCAAAUCCAGAAAUGGGUUCUACAUCUCAAGGGGAACGGAAGAGGAAACGGUUUGCAACCGAUGGAGAUGAAGAAGAGGAAACUCUACAAAGUCAAUUAAUUGAUGUGUUAGAGAAGAAUGGCAAGAUGCUAAGUGAACAACUAGAGGCUCAGAACAUCAAUUUCCAGCUUGAUCGCCAGCACCAGAAUGACACUGCAAGUAGCAUUGUUGCUGUGCUUGAUAAGCUUGCAACUGCUCUUGGGAGAAUUGCUGAUAAAUUGUAGUGCAAGAGAAGGAUCAGAGUAGUAGUGUACAUAACAUUUGGAGUCAACAAUAGUGGGGUCACUUCAUUAUUAAUUUUUGGUCACUUGCUCCUUUUUUAGUGUUAUUGUUACUGCCAUUAUAGGACUAGGGUUAUAUACAACUUUUGGGAAUUACUGCAUUUAUUAUCUAUUUUAUUGAGGUUUCAUAAAUCUUUCCCUGGUCAAUAAUAGUGGCUGUAUAGAUGAUAUUUAA